GUUGUAAACAGAUCAAACGCAGGCGCAUAGAAAGAAUAGAUAAACGGUUGUUUUUGUUUUCAAAUGUUCAACGAAGAUAACAGUCAUUGAAAUUACUUGGUUUUUGCGUCGAUCAGAAAUUACAAGGAAAAAAUUGUGGACUUAUAUUUAAUUAGUUUUUUUUUUUAUAGAAAAUAGGAGAAAAUCUUUCUGGAAAUCCACAAAGAAUUAAACGCAUAAUUUUGCAAAAUGUCCAAUAUAUUUAAUUUAUUGGGCGGAAUCGCCGAUGACAAAGAUCAACUGAUGAAACCUAUUAUGCAGUCCGACGUGUCUCAUGAAGUAAGGCUGAAUUCUCUCAAGGCUGUGGGAGGCACAAAACCAAAAGGAUUAUCAAUGAGAUCUAAUUCUGCUAUGAAUGUAUCUAAUGGCACACCUAUAAAAAUUAAGAAAAAUACAUGCGAUAAAGAUCCAGAUUGUAGGAAGCUGAAAGUAACGCAAUUAGAUAUUAAUGGACGCCCAAUAUCUCCAAGCAGAGAAAAGACAAAGAAGCUAAUGCCACAUUUAUCCAAGUUCAAUGAAUCUCUGAAGGAACCUCUGAAAGAAAAAACUUUGAUUAAUAAAAAUAAGAAAGCACAAUUAAAUGAAGAUGUUUUCAAGAAACCAUUCCCUCCUAAAAAAUAUUCUAAGAAAUAUCCCAAACCGGAAACAUUAGCAUAUUGGUGUGACGAUCAAUAUAAUUUUGACUAUGGCUAUAUAGAGGCCAUAGAAAAAGAAUUCAAAGAUUUGCUUUCUAAGGAGAAAGAAAAUAUAAAGCCUUCUGAAGACAGAAACAUUAUAUCAGAACCACUAGUUAUGUCAGAAGUUCCAGAACUUGUUUUUGAUAGAUCUUUGGACGAUUGUAAGAAAUCUUGGUCUUGUGACCUACCUGAAGUAUCUGAUAUAUCUGAUGAUGAUUGUAUGUAGUGAUAACUAUUUAUAAGAGUUAUUUUAACAAUUAUAAUCUCCGAUUUUUAUAUAAUAUAAGAAUAGAUG